CCUCUCAUAGAACAUAACACCAAGUUAAUAAUUUUUUAUUCAACAUCAAAUUUUUGAAGAAUUCACUUCUAUUGAUUUGAUAUCUAAAAAAUCAACUACAAUGAUGUUGAUUAAUUAUUUAAUAUUCGUCAUAAUGAUUUUAUUCAAUAUUUCAUCGACGUUUAGUAUUAAUCUAGAUAAUAUUUUCAAAUCAGAUCAGUUAAAAUCGUUUAUGGAUGAGCUUGACGAAAUUGUUAUAAAUGAUCAGAAAUUUAUAAAUACGACACUGAAAAAGGAUACGAAAAAUAACGAAUUGAAAGCAGCAUUCAAUAAUCUGACGAAUAUACUAGAGGAAUUGAAUUUAAUAGCCAAUCAUUCGACUGUCGAUUACGAGCUGUAUAAAUUUGACAAAUUUUUGAACACGCUCGAGGAACAUCAAAUUAAAAAUGGUUACGUUAAAUCAUUUUUUAAUUUGACGAGAUACAAAAAACAUACAGAAGAAAUAUCUAAUGGCAUAGAUGCCAUUGUCAGAUCAUUGAUUUACUUCCGUAAUAAAAAUAUUUCCGAUUAUUCUGUUCAUUUGUGUUCAUUUUCAUCAACCUUGCUUGAUUUUGUGCAACACGAUGAGGAUUUCAAAUAUUUUUUGCCGAUUUAUAUACAUUUUUUGCUCGAUCUCGAAACAAAAAUGGCUCACCCAAAUCAAUAUUCCUUCUGUGGCAAAACCAGCUCAUUUGCUAAUGGAUUAGUUAAUUACAAUCGUUAUGUAUUGACGUCUUCUAUUAAAAAAUAUACAAUAGAUCAGUAUUCUAAAAUAAUUGAAGCGCGAUGCCAAAACCUUCGACCAACUCCUGCAUCGGAUUUCAUUGAUUUAAGAGGAAGUGUGAUCCACGCAAUGGCCCAAACCGAUCGUAUAUUACAGCGAACGCGUCAAUUUAUCCAUAGAUGCGAUUUUGAAAAAACUGAUAACACAUAUCAUUAUUAUGAAUUAGAUCGUUUGGUGCAAAAAAUAAUAAUUGAAGAGAAAUUUCUGAGCACCUCAAGAUUUUGCGAUAAUAAUUGCGAUUUAAGUCUCAUUAGGGGUCAAAAUAAUACAGAAUGUGAUCAAUUUAUGGAUUGUCAAUAUAUAGGUGCAAGCUUCGAUAUUUGUGAAUCUAACAAAGGGAGUUCACGACGGUACGAGUGGUUUAAUGACGACCAGGGGAAAAUGUAUGGUGGAAAUAUUCAACAGCAAUGUGAUAACCCCCUAAAAUCUGUAUCUAGUUACUAUAAUUACUAUCAACUUCACCAUUGUGAUUACUGCGUAUGUACAUGUGUUACGAACCCACAACGAGGGUACCCGAUAGUAAAUGCUAUCAGUUUUAGAGACCAAGUUACAGAUAUUGGAAAUAACGAAGUAGUGACAGGCGUGAGAUUUGUCAAAAAAGACCGUAUGAUUCAUGUACAAAUAAAAAAGGGUAAACUGAAGCCACAGAAUGUCGUGGGUGAAAGUUCAUGGAAGGACUUGGAAAAUUUUGUUCAUGAGAAUGAUACCGGAAAAAUUUAUGUUCAAAACAGUCAAAAUAUUUCUACAGAGUGUAAACUGGGAACUGAUUACGGACAUGUCAGCGCAUUAAAUUUUGAUGAUGUGUUUGCUCACGAAGGUUUUGUUGUUUCGGGGGUUAGAUUUAGACUUGCUAAUAAUUACGAUGAUUAUUCGCCGCCGACAAAAGACCCAAUAGAAUUGCAAAUUCGCGUCACACCUUUUGAUUAUAUAAGCGGCAAGUUAAUUGAUCACGAUAAAACGCAUUGGGUUUCUCCAAAAAUAGAGGUCGAGAUGUCUAGCCAAUACAAUUUCGUCAGAAAGUUAUUGGUUCUGAAUAAUCCAGAUAACCCAACUAAAUCACCUGGCAAUGUUAUUGACUCAUCGGAAGAUCAGUUUAUUCAAUUUCGUGCUUCGGAUUUGAAAAAAGAUGCCGGACAAUCAACAGUUCCAUUCUUUGACGCCCAAGAUGUUGAAGGCGCACCCGAAUUCCCAUUAGGGGGAGUUGGAAUAAUUCAUCGCGGACGUGAAGGCUACGGCGGAUUUCUGGCUUUUAGAAUUUUCGAUUGUAAUCUUUAUAAAUAUUUUCAAAAUCGGUUACACUUUCAAUAACAGACAAUCAUGUUAACCUCGUUAUUGGCUUAUUAAUAAUUAUAUCACCUCUUUUAUAAAAAAAUAAAAAUUAGUUGUGACAAAAUCGAUUGUUCAAUUACUGUAACUACUUGAUAAGAGACAAUAAAAUUGCAUCGUAAAAAAAAGAUA